AGUAUAGCGGAUCCGCAGCUCCAUCUGCAUGCAGAGACGAAACCUGAAGAAAACGCGCACUCAUCCAUCAUCCAAUUCCACUGAUCGCAGAAGUGAAUGUACCUCUCAUCUGAGCGCUGAACAGGCUGCGCUCUUCUUUGUGCCUCCUGCUAGAACAUAUUUCGCAUUAGCUCUGGCCACGGAUUCAGCGCCAGUGAGCUACUUUUGGAUACAUCAGUUAUUCAAAACUAUCUACAAAUGAUUUACACAAUUUUAUAUUGCUGAGGUAUUUCAAAGAAAAAUGUAAUAUAUACUAUAUUGCCUAUUUGACAUAUUAUACAUACCUGUUAUGUGGCAAUGACCGUCACCACUUUGGCGCACAAGAUACCACUGUGCGCAAUGGGAGAACAGUUGCAUUAUAUGUUAAGUGUAAGCCACAGGGCAGAAUGUUGCCUUCCGUUGGAUUUUCAGUGAUGGUCAGAAAACUCUUGGCUGAAAUUAAACCAUUCCAAAAUGGAUCUAAUGUGACGUUAAAGUUUACAAAUAAAGGUGGGAUGUGACACUAGUAUCCCCUAUCUCAACCCUGAAACAGACUCAACCCAGCCCUCCUCCCUGUCAGUAUGGAUCUCUGGCCUCUCCUACCAUCAUCCCCCAACCUCUCCCUCCCCGAGCCCCUGUACUAUGACAGCUACUUCCCAGGGAACGAGUCCGACCUGGGGUCCCGGAAUGACACUCCUGACGAGACCCAACAGGUCUUCGACAAGACCAGCUCCGUGGUUAUUACUUUCAUCUACUUCAUGGUCUGCGGCGUGGGCCUGACGGGCAACACCUUGGUGAUCUAUGUCAUCCUGCGCUACGCUAAGAUGAAAACAGUCACUAACAUUUACAUCCUGAACCUGGCCGUGGCUGACGUCCUCUGUAUGCUGAGCCUACCCUUUAUCGCCAUGCAGCUGGCCCUGGUCCACUGGCCCUUCGGCUCCGUGCUCUGCCGUCUGGUCAUGACCGUGGACUGUCUCAACCAGUUCACCAGCAUCUUCUGCCUCACGGUCAUGAGCAUCGACCGCUACCUGGCCGUGGUCCACCCCAUAAAGUCCACCAAGUGGCGGAAGCCACGCGUGGCUAAGAUCAUCAACCUGACCGUGUGGGGAGUGUCCCUGCUGGUCAACCUGCCAAUCAUGAUCUUCAGCGGUCUGAUGCCCAAUAAGAACGAGGCGUGGGUGUGUACCAUUGUGUGGCCAGAGCCUCAGGAGGCCUAUCAGACGGCCUUCAUGUUCUACACCUUCUUCCUGGGUUUCUUCCUGCCGCUCACCAUCAUCUGCCUCUGUUACCUGCUCAUCAUCGUCAAGGUGAAGUCGUCAGGCAUGCGCGUGGGCUCAACUAAGCGUAAGCGCUCGGAGAGGAAGGUGACCAGAAUGGUGUCAAUCGUAGUGGCCAUGUUCGUGCUCUGCUGGCUGCCCUUCUACGUGUUCAACGUCACCUCGGUGACGGGCACCAUCAACACCACGCCUGUCCUCAAGAGCACCUUUGAGUUUGUGGUGGUGCUGGGCUACGCCAACAGCUGUGCCAACCCCAUCCUGUACGCCUUCCUGUCGGACAACUUCAAGAAGAGCUUUCAGAACGUUCUGUGCUUGAAGAAGGUGGCGGGCCUGGAUGAGGCGGAGCGCAGCGAUAGCCGCAUGGAGCGGACGCGCAUGGUCAAAGACGUCACCGCCGAAACGCGCAACACAGCGCUGCUCAACGGCGAGCUGCAGACCAGUAUAUGACCUGUUUGCCAGAGUGUGUGAGACAGUGUUUGUGUGCGUGCUUGCUUGCAUGUGUACGCGUGUGUGUGUAUGCAGGUAUGAAAUCCGCAUAGUACUCGGUUCAUCUGAGGUGGCCGUGGGGCUGCUUGUGAGUAUCAUCACCCUGAACAGAUGGAUGGUCCUCUGCCCACUACCAGAGUGUAUGUGGACGAGUUAGAUAGACUAGUCAUAUUAACAUCACUCUCCUAUAAGCUGCUGGGCAGUGGCCCAGGCACCAAGAGGGUCCAUACUGUCUUUUACAACAUACCUGUCAAGAUCCGUCUUGGAAAACAGAGAAAAGAAGAUUGAUUUGAAGAAGACGAAAAAUAUGUCCUAUCAUGUUUCAUUGACAUGGAUUGAUUCAUACUGUCUUGAGAGCAGGAUAUAAGAGAAAGAACACCUUUGAUAAAGCAUCUUAUUUAUUGAUGAGGAAGAUGUUACUCACCAAGUCAGAUCCCCUUUGACUGAAGCUGGAGACUUUCGAAUUUUGCAUCCAGGAAGGUUGGAAAUCCUAUCUGACUGCCAUCGUGAAGCUUCUCUGACUUCAAACAAGACAAUCUCGUCUGGAUGUAUAUACAGUGCCUUCGGAAAGUAUUCACACCCCUUUACUUAUCCACAUUUUGUUGUGUUCCCGCACAAAUGUAAAAUGGGUUCAAUUGAGUGUGUGUCACUGGCCUACACACAAUACCCCAUAAUGUCAAAGUUUUAAAAAGUAUUCAACCCCUUUGUUAGGGCAAGCAUAAAAAAGUGCUUAACAAGUCACAUACAGUAAUACGUUGCGUGGACUCACUCUGUGUGCAAUAAUAGUGAUUAACAUAAUUUUUGAAUGACGACCUCAUCUCUGUGCCCCACACAUACAAUUAUCAGUAAGGUCCCUCAGUCAAGCAGUGAAUUUCAAACACAGAUUCAACCACAUUGACCAGUGAGGUUUUCCAAUGCCACACAAAGUAGGGCACCUAUUGAAUGGUUAAAAUAAAAACAAAGCAGAUAUUUCAUAUCCCUUUGAGCAUGUUGAAGUUAUUAAUUACACUUUGGACCGUGUAUCAAUAAACCCAGUCACUACAAAGAUACAGGCGCCCUGCCUAACUCAGUUGCCAGAGAGGAAGGAAACCGCUCAGAGAUUUCACCAUGAGGCCAAUGGUGACAUUAAAACAGUUACGGAGUUUAAUGCCUGUGAAAGGAGAAAACUGAGGAUCAACAACGUUGUACUGUAGUUACUCCACAAUACUAAACUAAUUGACAGACUGAAAAGAAGGAAGCUUGUACUGUUACGGUUUUCUGUAGGCGAAGGAGAGUCGGACCAAAAUGCAGCGUGUAGAUUGCGAUCCAUGUUUAAUCAACAAACGUAAACACGAAUCAAUACAAAACAAAGAACGUAAAUGAACGUAAUGAAAACCGAAACAGCCUAUACGAGUGUAAACUAACACAGCGACAGGAACAAGGACACUAAGGACAAUCACCCACGAAACACACAAAGAAUAUGGCUGCCUAAAUAUGGUUCCCAAUCAGAGACAACGAUAAUCACCUGACUGAUUGAGAACCGCCUCAGGCAGCCAUAGACUAACGCUAGACAUCCCACAAAACCCCAAGACAAAAACACACCACAAUAACCCAUGUCACACCCUGGCCUGACCGAAUAAAUGAAGAAUAAACAUAAUAUAUUUUGACCAGGGCGUGACAGAACCCCCCCUAAGGUGCGGACUCCCGGACGCACAUCAAAACAAUAGGGAGGGUCCGGGUGGGCGUCUGUCCAUGGUGGCGGCUCCGGCGCAGGACGUGGAACCCACUCUAUAAAUGUCUUAGUCCCCCCUCCUUGCGUCCUAGGAUAGUCCACCUUCGUCGCCGACCAUGGCCUAGUAGUCCUCACCCAGAACCCCACUGGACUUAGGGUCAGCUCGGGACUGAGGGGCAGCUCGGGACAGAGGGGUAGCUCGGGACAGAGGGGCAGCUCGGGACAGAGGGGCAGCUCGGGACAGGGGCAGCUCGGGACAGGGGCAGCUCAGCACUGAGGGGCAGCUCAGCACUGAGGGGCAGCUCAGCACUGAGAGGAAGCUCAGCACUGAGAGGAAGCUCAGGCAGGUAGUUGGCUCCGGCAGAUCCUGGCUGGCUGGCGGAUCUGGAAGAGUCUGGUUGACUGGCGGAUCUGGAAGAGUCUGGUUGACUGGCGGAUCUGGAAGAGUCUUCUUGACUGGCGGAUCUGGAAGAGUCUGGCUGACUGGCGGUUCCGGCAGAUCCUGGCUGACUGGCGGUUCCGGCAGAUCCUGGCAGACUGGCGGCACUGGGCAGACUGGCGGCGCAGGGCAGACUGGCGGCACUGGCGGCGCUGGGCAGACUGGUGGCUCCUUGCAGACUGGCAGCUCUGGCUGCUUCAUGCAGACUGGCCGCUCUGGCUGCUCCAUACAGACUGGCAGCUCUGGCUGCUUCAUGCAGACUGACAGUUCUGGCUGCUCCAUGCAGGCUGGCAGCUCUGGCUGCUCCAUGCAGGCUGGCAGCUCUGGCUGCGCUGAACAGGCGAGGCGCUCAGUAGGUCUGAUGCGUGGUGCUGGCACUGGUGGUACUGGGCCGAGGACACGCACAGGAAGCCUGGUGCGGGGAGCUGCCACCGGAGGGCUGGGGUGUGGAGGUGGUACUGGGUAGACCGGACUGUGCAGGCGCACUGGAGCUCUUGAGCACCGAGCCUGCCCAACUUUACCUGGCUCGAUGCCCACUCUAGCCCGGCCAAUACGAGGAGCUGGUAUAUACCGCACCGGGCUAUGCACCCGCACUGGGGACACCGUGCGCACCACUGCAUAACACGGUGCCUGCCCGGUCUAUCUAGCCCCCCGGUAAGCACAGGGAGUUUGCACAGGUCUCCUACCUGGCGUAGCCCUAUUCCCUGUGAGCCCCCCCCAAGAAAUUUUUGGGGCUGACUCUCGGGCUUCCUUGCCAACCGUGUUCCCUCAUAUCAACGGCUCCUCUCUCCGGCUGCCUCUGCUCUCCUAAGUACCUCCACCUGUUCCCAUGGGAGGCAAUCUCUUCCAGCCAGUAUCUCCUCCCAAGUGUAACAACCUUUGCCAUCCAAAACGUCUUCCCAUGUCCAUUCCUCCUUUCGCUGUACCUGCCUGUUAACACGCUGCUUGGUCCAUUUGCGGUGGGUGAUUCUGUUACGGUUUUCUGUAGGCGAAGGAGAGUCGGACCAAAAUGCAGCGUGUAGAUUGCGAUCCAUGUUUAAUCAACAAACGUAAGCACGAAUCAAUACAAAACAAAGAACGUAAAUGAACGUAACGAAAACCGAAACAGCCUAUACGAGUGUAAACUAACACAGCGACAGGAACAAGGACACUAAGGACAGUCACCCACGAAACACACAAAGAAUAUGGCUGCCUAAAUAUGGUUCCCAAUCAGAGACAACGAUAAUCACCUGACUGAUUGAGAACCGCCUCAGGCAGCCAUAGACUAACGCUAGACAUCCCACAAAACCCCUAGACAAAAACACACCACAAUAACCCAUGUCACACCCUGGCCUGACCGAAUAAAUGAAUAAAUAAAUAAUAAAUAAAUAAUAUAUUUCGACCAGGGCGUGACAUGUACAUAAUAAAAAUAUUCCAAAACAUGCAUCCUGUUUUGCAAAAAGGCACUAAUGUAAAACUGCAAAGAAAUGUGGCAAAGAAAUUAACUUUAUGUCUUGAAUACAAAGCAUUAUGUUUGGGGCAAAUCCAAUACUACACAUCACUGAGUACCACUAUUCAUAUUUUCACGCAUGGUGUUGGCUGCAUCAUGUUAUGGGUAUGCUUGUCAUAAGCAAGGACAAGGGAGUUUUUUAGAAUAAAAAGAAACAGGAUAGAGCUAAGCACAUGGAAAAUCCUAGAGGAAAACUUAGUUCAGUCUGCUUUCCAACAGACACUGGGAGACAAAUUCACCCUUCAGAAGGACAAUAUCCUAAAAUACCAAAUAACAAUAACCUAAAAUAGGACAAUAACCUAAAAUACCAAAAUAACCUAAAAUACCAAAUACACACUGAAGUUGCUUACCAAGAUUACAUUGAAUGUUCCUGAGUGGCCUAGUUACAGUUUUGACUUAAAUCGGCUUGAAAAUCUAUGGCAAGACUUGAAAAUGGCUGUCUGGCAAUGAUCAAGAACCAACUUGACAGAGCUUGAAUAAUUUUUAAAAGAAUAAUGUGUAAAUAUUGUACAAUCCAGGUGUGCAAAGCUCAUAGAGACUUACCCAGAAAGACUCAAAGCUGUAAUCCCUGCCAAAAGUGAUUCUAACAUGUAUUGACUCAGGGGUGUGAAUACUUAUGUAAAUGAGAUAUUUCUGUAUUUAACUUUCAAUCCAUAUGUAAACAUUUCUGAAAAUGUCUUCACUUUGUCAUUACUCAGUUUUGUGUGAAGAUGGGUGAGAAAAAAACAUAUAUUUAAUACAUUCUGAAUUGUAACACAGGUUGUAACACAACAAAAUGAAGAAUAAGUCAAAGGGUAUGAAUACUUUCUGAAGGCGCUGUAGACAUGUGACGUUUUCUGUGACGUGUGUUUGCUCUCCUUGUAAAAACCCAGUUCAGUUUCGAUCACACACUAUGUUUACUGCGCCUUGUUACUACCGUUCAUCUGUAGGAAGUCAUUACUCUCUGAUUUAUAUUUGGCUCAGACCUUAGAUGCUAGCACAGCCAAUGACGGGCAGAAUAAGAGAGCAUGAUGUGAAUGAGAGAGUGGAGUGGUAACAGCAAUGAAAAGAAUAGCUUAUUAUCGGUUUAUUGCUCUUUUUUCCCUUUGCUUCUUCAAUUUAUUUAUAGAAUUUCAGAAUACGAGAACAGAAAAACAGUACAACAUCCCCAACCCCUAUCCACCCACUCACCCACACCUACCUCCCACCCAUCCCUACCUCCCACCCAUCCCACCCACCCACCAAGGUAUCAUACAAGGUUAUCACAGAAAAUUAAAUUAAAUAGGACCAAAACGUUAACAGUAAUAGAAACAAAAACAAUGGAAAAAGUGACAUCAAAUUCAUAAUUAUAGUUGAAUCUUAUCAGCACAACAUGUGGCCACUAGAACAGACAUGACUGCUUACUAAAAUAAACAAGUGACACUGUGUAAAAGACAGGCUCUCCACCUAUUGUAUGAAUGGAGACCAGGUUGAGUCUAACUUUUGUCGAGACCCAAGCACAGUGUACCUAAUCUUUAUUCAGAGGCAGAGAUGACAUUAACUCCUUAACCCACUGCAUGAGGAGGGCGGCUUUGCAGGCUUCCAGUGAAAGAGGACAAGGUGGCGCGCCAGCAGCGAGGCCAAUGCUUUUGCAUUCGUGUGAUGCUUGGUAACAUUCUGAUCAAGGGGAAGCACUCCAAAAAUAGCAUUGAAUGGGUUGGGGCUAAUAGUUGUAUUACACAGGUGGAAAUGCCUCAAAAAUGGGGUCCCCAGAAGCCUACACAAAGAUUGGCAUGACCAAACCAUGUGUCCCCACAGUCAUUGGACUAUGGUGUCAUCUCAAACACUUCGGGGUCAACAUUUGGAUAUAUGUUUGCCAAUCUGUCAUUUGAGUAAUGGAGACGGUGCAAAACUUUGAACUGAAUGAACCUGUGCCUCAUGCAAAAUGAUGAGGUGUGGAUACGCUCAAUGAUGUGUUGCCCAGGAAGGCGGAUUAACAUUCUGUAGUAUGUCGUAUUAUCUGGAGAUUGUGCCCUUCAGAUAGGGGUUAAGAUCUAAGCACUUCUCGACUGGACACUUAGCGGGGUCGACUGGAAAUGAAGGGAACGUUUUUUUUAGCAAAGCUGUGAGUUUACAGGUACCUAAAAAAGUGGGUGUUGGGGAAUAUUAUGGUCAACCCUCAGAGUUUUGAAUGAGCCGAUGUGUCAAUCUGCGAUGCCCGGUAGACAUGAUUAGAUGUGAAUGGGGAAAAAGAAGCACUUUGGUUGUUAAAGACAAUUUCAUAAUUGGGACCAGAUUUCUUAGGUUCUUGACAAUGAGAUUCAAAACAUGGGUGCCAAGGUUCAUGGGCAGUGGGGAGCACAGGAACGAGACAGGAGUAGUUGGAAGGCUUGACUGUAUCUCCAUGAAAGCCCAAAUUGGACCAUCCUUGUUUUGAAAUGUCGAAACCAAAUAAACACAUUUAAUUAUGUAUACCACUACCAGUGGUAGUGUAAAUAAUUGGAAAGGCCCAGCCCACCUGCAGGUUUUGGUCUCUCUAGAUAUAUCUUUCUCAUUUGUGGAUUUUACUUACUCCCAAACCGUGUCAGAUUGCAUCACAUCCUAUCCUUGUCAAUGUAAUAGUGUUGAAAUAAGACAGGCAGGACUGAUCCCUUCUGUUCGUGAACCUUUCACCUCACACAUGCAAAAGCACACACACACACAGUCUCUGACAUGGGCGGUUCAUAUAGCUAUUGUAUACAGUUCAUAAUCUGGUAUAACAUUUUCCCACUGUCUUGGGGCCAAUCUUGUUGAUACUCAGCAGAAUGAGUUGUGUGUCAGCAUCAAUUCUAUGCUUUCAGAGUGACGCUGAUGUUUUCUGAAUGAACAGCAUUGCAUCAUGGAGUGAUGAUACCUAGCCAAAGGAGUGGGGGAGCUAUAGCUGCAGUGUUUUGGUUGGUAGAGAGAUGGGUGGGCUUCAAUACCACAGUCCAAGGGCAACGUUGUUAUCUCUCCAAUGUGUACGGAUAGGGAAUCCAUGGUUAUGUGUUUGUGUGUUUGUGUGUGUGUGUGUGUGUGUGUGCCUGUGUACUUGCCUGCCUUCCUGUGUGUGUGUGUGUGUGUGUGUAUGUGUUUAAGUGUGUAUCUCAUGUAUUUUCUCUGGAAGGCCUUAACGUGUUAGCGUGUGUGUGAGCCACAAAUUUCACAGCCCAUUAAAGUGGUGAAAUCAGGCGUUGUAAUUAGCAUCAUUAUGCCAGAGGCGCGAGAACGCUCUCGCUCAUGUACAGUAGGUUAUCUGGCCUGUAGAUAGAUUUAACCCAAGAGGAUGAGGGUUUAGUAUAGCACACGGAAGGAUGGAACCUAAGCCUUCUCUCUAUGUGUUGUUCAUUUGUGAAGGGCUAUAACGUGCUAACCUUUGGGUGCACUGUUCAAAAUGAACUGUCUAUAAAUAGUUGAAUCCCUACCUUGUUCCUACACACACACACACACACACACACACACACACACACACACACACACACACACACACACACACACACACACACACACACACACACACACACACACACACACACACACAGUUCCAGACACAUUGAGGAGAACAAGUGAUGAGUUCACAACCAUUAGGAUUCUCCGUUACCAAUGCUUGCUCCUGUUACAGGGGAGCAGGGGGUCUUAAAUGAGAACAAGGAGGACAGAUAUAAGAUAUGAGGUCAUAUAUCCAUCUACAGUAAGCACUAUUGUCCUCUAAGUGGGAGCAAUCUUUCUCUCUUGGUCGCUUGCUUUCCUUCAGCUUGCAAACAGUAAGCGCCGUGUAAAAUGUUGUUAAUGAUGUGUCAUAAUGUGUUUAUUGUCACGUGUGAGUUCUCAGAUGGAUUAUAGUUUAUUGGACAGUAAUUAUACUGCACUUUCGUAAUACAGAGCAAUGUGUGUGUGUGUGUGUUUAUGCGUGUGUGUGUGUGGGACUGCCGCUUGAUAUCACUCACCCUUUCUGUUAACCAUAACUCACGAUUAGGGUAUGUACAAAACACUGUGUCAAUGUGCACAUAUUUAUCUAUCUAGUCUAUUCAUUACUACGUAUCAGUUGUGCUAGUGUUACGUUAAAAUCGACUUAAUUAGUUAAGGAAGCGCCCAGUGAACGCUCCUGAACCUUAAACAAGCAUUAUAUUAUAGAUGGUCGUCUGGAGAGAUGACAUAUAUACAAUUCAUUUAUGUAAAGAUUACUAACUGAACAAAGUAGCCACAGAGAGUUAGAGGAAGGGGUCGAACAUGGUCAUACACUGUACUCAAAUACAGUCUUUUCCAUUAUGUAAACAGGAUGUUAAUGUUUAAAAGAAACCGCAAAAUGCAGAGGUCAAACCAUACCAUCCCCUCCAUCAUGUCAAGUGUCUAUCUCUCAGGUUCAAGUGUCACAAGUGGUUGAACUCUAAACGAUACAGGGGUACUAUACUAUUGAAUGUCAGUGAAAUGAAGGAGCAGUACUCAUCAUCAGACCAACAGUAUUCUUCUCACAGUGUUUUUCUCAAUAUCAGCUGCUCUUCUUGCGCUCCGAGGUGCAGUGCAGUAGCCUGAUCCAAGAUCUGUUUGUGCUCUUGCCAACUCCACCGCUGUCAUUGUCAAACAAAACAUGUCUGGCCUGGCAACGAGUGACAAGGAGUUGGCAUGAUAGCAUAAACAGACUGGCACUCAGGCUAACAAAUGCAGUUGAAUACAGAGCAUAUCCCUGCUCAGCAAGUGAAAUUAUUACAUGUAGGCAUUGUGAUUGUUGUGAUAAAGAGUCUUUUUUAAUGUAGUUAUAAUAAAUAAUAAUAAUAAUACAUUUAAUUGAUAAUGUGCUUCUUGAAAAACAUCCUCAAAUGUUAUAUGAGGUAGUCUACUGGGGCAAGAAAUAGUUGGGGUAUGUGGUCGUAAUUUACUGGGGUCAUAAUGUACUAACCAAAGACAGUUAUCAGGUACAAUGUACAGAACACUACAAUGUACUGCCAAAAUAAAGGAAACACUUGAGUAAAUGAGGGAUACAAAGUAUAUUGAAAGCAAGUGCUUCCACACAGGUGUGGUUCCUGAGUUAAUUAAGCAAUUCAAAUCCAUGCUUAGAGUCAUGUAUAAAAAUGCCCAGUUCCAUUUUAGAGAUCUCAGUGGUCUAGAAAUCUCAGUGACUUUGAGAGAGGGGUCUCAAAUGAGCAAGUCAAAUCUAAUUUGAUUUGUCACAUAUGCCGAAAUCAACAGGUGUAGAUCUUACCGUGAAACGCUUACUUACAAGCCCUUAAUCGAGUUAAGAAAACAUUUACUAAAUAAACUAAUGUGAAAAAUGUAAUAAUAAAAACACAAUAAAAACACAAUAAAAUAACAAUAACAAGGCUAUAUAAAGGGGGUACCGGUACCGAGUCAAUGUGAGAGGGUACAGGUUAGUCAAGGUAAUUUUUACCUGUCGGUAGGUGUAAAGUGACUAUGCAUAAAUAAUAAACAGUGAGUAGCAGCAGUGUAAUUAGUCCGGGUGGCCAUUUGAUUAAUUGUUCAGCAGUGGCCUGGGGGUUGAAGUUGUUAAGGACCCUUUUGGACCUAGACUUGGUGCUCCGGUACCGCUUGCCAUGCGGUAUAGCAGAGAGAACAGUUCAUGACUUGGGUGACUGGAGUCUUUGACAAUUUUUUGGGCCUUCCUCUGACAGUAAAUAGGUCCUGGAUGGCAGGGAGCUUGGCCCCAGUGAUGUACUGGGCCGUACGCACUACCCUCUGUAGCGCCUUACCGAGCAGUUGUCAUACCAGGCGGUGAUGCAACCCAUCAGGAUGCUCUCGAUGUAGCAGAUGUAGAACUUUUUGAGGAUCUGGUGACCCAUGCCAAAUCUUUUCAGUCUUCUGAGAGGGAAAAGGUGUUGUUAUGCCCCCUUCACAACUUCACAACUUGGCAUGUUUGGACCAAGAUUGUUUGUUGGUGAUGUGGACACCAAGGAACUUGAAACUCAACCCUCUUCACUACAGCCCCAUCGAUGUGAAAGGGGGCGUGUUCGGCGCAUCUUUUCCUGUAGUCCAGGAUCAGCUCUUUUGUCUUGCUCAUGUUGAGGAAGAGGCUGUUGUCCUGGCACCACACUGCCAGGUCUCUGACCUCCUCCCUAUAGGCUGUCUCAUUGUUGUCGGUGAUCUGUUGUGUCUACAGCAAACUUAAUGAUGGUGUUGGAGUCGUGCUUGGCCACGCAGUCGUGGGUGAAGAGUGAGUACAGGAGGGGACUAAGUACCCACCCCUGAGGGGCCUCCGUGUUGAGGAUCCGCGUGGCUUAUGUUUUGUUGCCUACCCUUACCACCUGGGGGCGGCCCGUCAGGAAGUUCAGGAUCCAGUUGCAGAGGGAGGUGUUUAGUGCCAGGGUCCUUAGCUUAGUGAUGAGCUUUGUGGGCACUAUGGUGUUGAUCGCUGAGCUAUAGUCAAUGAACAGCAUUCCAGCUACACCAAUGUGUCGGAGGAAACACCGUACACCUGGUGACAGUGUCAGUGUGCAUGCGCCCGGCCCGCCACAGGAGUCGGUAGAGCGCGAUGGGACAAGGAGAUCCCUGCCGCCCAAAUCCUCCCCUAACCCGGAUGACGCUGGGCCAAUUGUGCGCCGCCCCAUUGGCUCGUGGUGGCCCAAUGCCCUAUUUAUACACGUUAUGUCGGUGUUUCCUUUAUUUUGGCAUCUUCUCUGACACUUUUACAGAUUGUUGUCUUUGAAACCCUGUACGUGUAAAAUGGUUGGUUAGUUUUAUUUGAGAGUUUGCGUUAGCAGCAGUGGCACACAGUUAGCCUAUUAUUAGAAAGAUGUUUAGAGAUUAUGUUUUACUCCCAAUGGCCAUAGAAAUGGAGGAAUAUGUAUUUGAAUGUGUUGAGUUCAUAUUGAAUGGCUAAUACUAACUAGCUUUCCAUCCAAUUAGCGACAGAUUUUCAUGUGAAUAUUCAAAAAUCUGCAUAAAAAAAUUCCAAAGGAAAUGUGUUUCCAUCAAAUUGACUUGUGCGUAAAUGGCUGCAUGAUGACGUAAUGCACAAAAAAAAACUUUUGCGGUUAAAUUCCAUGUAUCCAUGUAGCAAAUAAAAAAUACAAGUUAAAUGGGUUUCCAUGGUAUUUACUGAUGUUUUUUUCACAAAAAAAUGUUGUAUAACUGUCACGUUCAUCAUAAGGAGUAGACCAAGAUGCAGCGUGGUAUGUUUCCAUCCUUUGUUUUGGAAUAGAAAACUUCAAAGAACAAAACAUCAAAGCGAACAAACAAACCGUGAAGCUAUAAUAAUGCUCACAGGCAACUAUACAUAGACAAGAUCCCACAAAGCACAAUGGGGAAAUGGCUACCUAAAUAUAUUCCCCAAUCAGAGACAACAAUAAACAGCUGCCUUUGAUUGAAACCAUACCAGACCAACAUAGACAUAUAAUUCCCCUAGAUAACCCACCCUUAAUCACACCCCGACCUAACCAACAUAGAGAAUAAACAGCUCUCUAUGGUCAGUGCGUGACAAUAACAAAUGUGUCCACUCUUGCCUUGGCACAUGAGCUCUAGCCAACACCUCGCACUCGUAGAUACAGUGCGGGUAGGCUACCUACUAUACACAAUGAGAUUAUUAUGAACAAAAUAACUAGAUUCUUUUUAUUUGUUAAACAGAAACCAAGGAUUGUUCAUCAUCUCACCAGAAUAAAACCCUCAAUAUUUAUUGGAAAUUAGCAUUAAGCUCAUCACCGUGCACUUUCACCACCCUGUGAAGUUCAUAAUAAUUGAUUUAAUUUGUAGCCUAAUAAACUGCAUACCUUCCCAGGUAGUAGUGGGAGGACCACACAAUAUCAUUGUGUGACUCCAAUUUACUUUGAAAUAAUUGUUAUUAUAUCAAUAUUUGCUCAUAAAAGCAUUUCCACCAUAAUUUCUCACAAAAUACAUUUUACCGACAUCAAAGAUUCCACCUUGUCUAGCGUAUUUUGUUUAGUCAACAUCUGGAAAGUUUACCGACAAAUUAGCAGUUUCCAUCAGGCCCCUCAUGAAAAGUUUUAUCUGACAUGUACUUUACUUGCAUGAAAAGGUUGGAAGGAAACCUGCCCACUGGGCACAGACAUCAGUUCAACACCUAGAUUUGAUUUACAUUUGGUUGAGUUGUCAUCUAAUGUGAAUUCAACAUGAAAUUAACAAAACAUUUCUCCAUGUCAUUGGAUUUAGAUAAAAAAAAAUGGUAAAAAAACAAACACAAAAUGGCUCUACGUUGAUGACUUUUUGCAAAUCCAAUCAGUUUUCCACGUUGAUUCAAUGUCAUCACAUAGAUUUUUGGGGUUGAAAUGCUGUGGAAACAAUGUUGAUUCAACCUGUAUUUGCCCAGUGGGUGGUUACUGUAACACGUAAAAUCUGGUUGAGAUAUCACCAAAAAUGUUACUAAAUGUCUCCCUCACAUGGUUCGUUUUUGAAAUUAUGUAAUGUGAUCGCCCCAAGGAUAUUAGCUAGAUAUAGAUAUACAAACUACUUUGCAAUGGUCAGACAAACCACUGUGGAUACACUGGAUAUACAGUAAGGUCCAUGAUUAUUGGACCCCUUGAUAAUACAAUUCCUCAGAGAAAGUGGAUUUUGUUUAACAAGUAAUAAAAAAUCCUUUAAAAAAGAUAUGGUUCUACAUUUUUAUCACCCAUGUUUUCUUAAUAUAACAUUCUUGCACCCUCCCCUUGCGAGGAUAACAAGGCUGAGCCUUUACAUUAAAAAUUAUAAUGAAAAAUAGGUUGGUGAACAUGUUAGGAAGGAUCUUACAGAAUCUUUCCAGAUCCAUGAUAUCCCUCGCCUGCUCUUAUAGACUGCCCUCUUCAAUUCGGCAGUGUAGCCUAGUGGUUAGAGCAUUGGACUAGUAACCAAAAGGUUGCAAGUUCAAAUCCCUGAGCUGACAAGGUACAAAAUCUGUUGUUCUGCCCCUGAACAGGCAGUUAACCCACUGUUCCUAGGCCGUCAUUGAAAAUAAGAAUUUGUUCUUAACUGACUUGCCUAGUAAAAAUAAAAAAAUUCAAACCACAGGUUUUCAAAGGGGUUCAAGUCUGGAGACUGAGAUAGCCAUUGUAAAAUGUUGAUUUUGUGGUAAAUUAAACAUUCCUUUGUGGAUUUUGAUUAGUGCUUGGAGUUAUUGUGUUGCUGGAAGAUCCAUUUGAGGCCAAAUGUCAGACUCGUGGCCGAGGUAACCAGGUUUUUGGCAAAAAAAUGUCUUGGUACUUGGUAAAGUUAAUGAUGUUGUUGACCCCAGGACUAGCGUCAUAAAACCAAAUUUUACCGUAAGUAUGAGUUACUUGUCUGCAUAUGCUUCUGUUAUUCAAUGCCAAACCCACCACUGGUGAGUGUGGCCAAAGAGCUACAGUGCCUUCGGAAAGUAUUCAGACCCCUUGACUUUUUCCAUAUUUUGAUAUGUUACAGCCUUACUCUAAAAUGGAUUUUAAAAAUAAAAAUCCUCAGCAAUCUACACACAAUACCCCAUAAUGACAGUGAAAACAGGUUUUAAUUUUUUUUGCUAAUUUAUUAAAAUGUAUUCAGACCCUUUGGUAUGGCACUCGAAAUUGAGCUCAGCCUCAUCCUGUUUCCGUUGAUAAUCCUUGAGAUGUUUCUACAACUUGGAGUCCACCUGUGGUAAAUUCCAUUGAUUGGACAUGAUUUGGAAAUGCACCAUGACCCUCAGGUCAAAGGAAUUGUCCAUAGAGUGCCGAGACCACCAAGAGUCUUCCUAGAGCUGGCCGCCUGUCCAAACUGAGCAAUCGGGAGAGAAGGGCCUUGGUUAGGGAGGUGACCAAGUACCCAAUGUUCACUCUGACAGAGCUCUAGAGUUCCUCUGUGGAGAUGAGAGAACCUUCCAGAAGGACAACUUUCUGAGCCACUCCUCAAUAAAAGGUACAUCACAACCUGCUUGGAGUUUGCCAAAAGGCACCUAAAGACUCUCAGAACCAUGAGAGCCAAGACUGGGAGACUAGUCAGGAUCGAGGCAAAGAUGAAUGGAGCAAAAUACAGAGAUCCUUGAUGAAAACCUGAUCCAGAGCUCUCAGGACCUCAGACUGGGGCGAAGGUUCACCUUCCAACAGGACAACAACCCUAAGCACACAGCCAAGACAAUGUAGGAGUGGCUUCAGGACAGGUUUCUGAAUGUCCUUGAGUGGCCUAGCCAGAGUCCGGAUUUUUUAUUUAUAUUUAACCUUUAUUUAACUAGGCAAACCUGAUUGAACAUCUCUGGAGAGACCUGAAAAUAGCUGUGCAGCAACGCUCCCCAUCCAACCUGACAGAGCUUGAGAGGAUCUGCAGAGAAGAAUGGGAGAAACUCCCCAAAUACAUUUGUGGCAAGCUUUUAGCGUCAUACCAAAGAGGACUCGAGGCUGUGAUCGCUGCCAAUGGCGCUUAACAAAGUACUGCUGAUUAAAGGGUCUGAAUACUUUUAUAAAUGUCAUUUUUAUUUGUAAUAAAUUAGCAAACAUUAAAAAAAAACGUUUUUGCUUUGUCAUUAUGGGAUAUUGUAGAUUGAUGUGGAGAAAAAACGAUUAGAAUAAAUCUGUAACGUAACAAAAUGUGGAAAAGUCGAGGGGUCUGAAUACAUUCCAAAGGCACUGCAUAUUUCAUGUUAUCUGCCCAUAGCACUGGCUAACGUUUGAUAAAUGGCAUUGGCACUUGGAUUGGAACCAGUGCUAUGUUCAUGUUUUUGACCCCUGUGUUUUUUGUUGUUGAUUUUUUUGUGGUAUAAACUUGUUCAACAAAAUCUCUUUAUCUGAGCAACUGUAAUAGCAUAGCAUAAUAGUGUUUCCCAUUUUUUGGAGCAUACAAUAUAGCUCAGUAUUUGUAAAAUGUAUUUUAUACAGUAUUUUUUGCUCAUCUUUAUCAAGCGUGCCCAUGAUUAUGGACCUGACUGUACUUACUCUGUUCGGCUUGAAGAAGGCUAUUUGUCCAUACAGCCAAACAAACAGACAUUAUGAGAUCCUAAAUGGUUUAUCUGAGAAUACCUGGGUUGAGAUCAUUUGUUCGAUUUCUUAUUGUGUUCAAAAUCCACUGUUGCAUAUAUGUUGGUUUCAUAUCAAAUGUCUGUUUUUUGUAAAUAUGUUGUUGCUACUGUUGUUGUUACUACUACUAAUACUACUACUACUUCUACUAUUACUACUACUAUUACUAUUGCUACUACUAUUUGCAAUUAAAACAGUUCCAUUUAAAAAA